GUUGUUCUAAUAGGGCGGCCACAGGCCCUGGGACUGCUGGAUCUCUAAAACUCUGUAUUAACAGGGAGUAGUGUGUGUCUCGGUGAAGAGCACGCGUGUUUCAGCAGCACCAGCUGUCAGUGGCCAUAUGGCCCACACAAAUCGCUUUUCAACUUUGGGCUUGAAAUAACAUCACAUUGUGUCCGGUUUCCAGAGAGUUCCAGACAUGGGCAGGCCAGGCUCCAGGAGAAUACCAGUCUAUGUUCAGUCAAUUAAUGCAAGUCCAGCACUUUGUGAUAAACUGUCAUAAUAAGCAACAGUUAAUUGAGUUGCUGUCUUCCAUUGCACUGCGUUUGAGCAUGAGCAGAAAGUCCAGUGGAAAACCUGUUAGAAGUUCUGCCAGUAAAGAGCCUAGAAGAUUAAAGUUGUUCAAAUAAACCCUUAAUAAUUAUCGGAUACAUUAAAAUGAUCAAAAACACAAGUACUUGAUCACAGAUGCCUAAUUGUGUGAACAUGACUGUAACUGACAUGUAACAACAGUUCUGAAAAUCGUAUAAGGGUUUCAGAAACACUUCUUGACACAUUUUGAUGAUUUAUGAUUUUUCACACAUGUGAGUAACAGGUGGACUAAGCUGAAGGCCGCAAUGGUGGAUUACUAUGAUGUUCUGGGAGUGUCACGAAAUGCUUCUCCAGAUGACAUCAAGAAAGCUUACAGGAAACUGGCUCUGCGGUGGCACCCUGACAAAAACCCAGACAACAAGGAAGAGGCGGAGAAAAAAUUUAAGGAGAUAGCGGAGGCCUAUGAAGUUCUUUCAGACACAAGCAAACGAGAUGCUUACGACAGAUACGGUAGAUCAGACAUACCAAGCUCGGGCUCUGGUGGUUCUUCAUUUCCUGAUGACUUCCCAGGAUUCAGCUUCACAUUCCGCAGCCCAGAUGAGGUGUUUCGAGAGUUCUUCGGAGGGCAGGACCCAUUCACAGACUACUUUGAUGAUUUCCCAUUUGGUGGAAUGCACAGUGGGCUUCACAGCUCCUUCUCCAGGCUUGGGCCUAGUCGCUUCUUCUCUUUCCCCUCAGCAAAUGCUGAUUUCACCUCCUUCUCUUCUUCAAUGGGUGGGAUGGGCAGCAUGGGAGGAGCAAACUUCAAGUCUGUUUCUACUUCCACCCGCAUUGUCAAUGGAAAACGUAUUACCACAAAAAAGGUCAGAGAAAAUGGCCAGGAGAGAACAGAGGUUGAGGAGGAUGGGGUUUUGAAAUCGGUCCUCAUCAAUGGUGUGGAGGAUGAGAUGGCCUUAGCUCUGGAACUGAGUCGUAGAGAGCAGUCCAGUCAGCCUCCCAGACAAUCCCAGCAUCCACUGCUCCACCCCUUCAACAACAGCUCUGCAAACCCCGCUCUACGCUCCUACAGCGCCGCCCCGUUCUACCACUGCCCCGAUGCCAGUGAAGAUGAGGAGGAUGAAGACCUGCAGAUGGCACUGGCCUACAGCUUGUCAGAGAUAGAGGCCCAGCAGCGGGCAGAGGACGUGAUCUCAGGUGCUGAGGGAGGGAGGGAGAAGCAACCAGGUGGUGGGAAGGGUGCCGUUCAAAAAAACACAGAUCAGAAAGAAGUACCGGAUAAUUCAAAACAAAGCACCCCCUUGUCUCCAGAGGAUAGACUGACAGAACAGGGUCGGGCUAGAGGUUCAGAAAGUGUUGUUGUACAGGAUAAGGAGAAUGACAAAAUGACAGCCAAUGGGACUAAUGUGGUAAAAAAGAGGAGGAAGUGUCGGUGCGUGGUCUGUUAGUAAGAAUAUGGAGAAUCAUCAUGCUUGUGUGAAAUUAGCAGAGUUAUAACCUUAUGUUUUCAUCUUAUGGUUGUUUUUUUAAUCCUUCCUGAAGUUUUUGAGUGUGCUUUGACUUACAGCUCUUAUGGCAUUGCACAAAUGACUGUUGAAAUUGUAUUUUCUCGCAUUGAGAUAUGAGUAACAGGUGCCAAAAUGU